GUCCAUUUAUCAAACACGGGACAAAGGCUAAUAAUUGUGUUGGACACGUGCGAUUAUAUCGGGCACGCAUCCCAACGGCGGUGAAAAAGUAAAAACGGCACGCGGCAAAAGCUUUCCGAAACGAUAUCGAUAGGAAGAACAGUUUUUCCCAUGGUGUGGUGAUUUUUUUAUUUUUUUUAUUUGUUUUUUUUUUUAUCGACAAUCACAGCUGAGACGAAAUUCUCUGUGACAAAUAACGUGUUUGAGAAUAAUUAAUUUCAAGGUAUAAACCGGCGCUAGGAUAAAGUUUCGAUAUAAUUCGCCACGUCCUGUUUGUGAAUGUAAUUAUUUGUUUAUUUUUCAAUAUUUUUUUUUCUUCUUCUUUUAUUCUUAUUUUACAAACAAUCGUUUAACACGAGUAAUCGCAAACAUGAAAAUCUGAGAACUCGACUCGGUGGCGUGUUUUAGACACCUUUUUUUUUAAGGUAAGACUUGGAUAAUUACCCUCGAGUUUUGUUUUUUUUUUCUCUUUAUUCUUCCAACGGAAACAAAAAGUGGAAAUAAGUGGAUAAGGUGUUAAAUGGCGACGAAAGGAUACAAAUAAUCGCCCUGAAGAGGGAAAUAGAGAGAGAGAGAGAGACAGCGGAAGGGCGAGUUGAAGCGCAAUUUUAAUCCGAGAGAUUCAGGCGCGUAAUUCUGCGUAUGGGACCAGGAUGAAGAAGAAGGUGUCCUGAAGGUGUUCCAUCAUCCCAGUCCGCGACAAACGCGGUUUCAGCCAGACUCGAAGAUGAAAUGCGACGCCAUAAUUUGCCUGUGUUUUAUACUGCCUUUGAUGACCGAUCUCUGCUGGGGAGGCGUCAUCCAUGCAAAAGCCUGCAACCGCACCAUCAGAACUUCAGUUGGAUGGGUUCACUGGACAGGACGAAUGGGCAGAUGCGUCGUCAGGAUUCGAGCACCGUUGAGAGAUCCUCAGGUCGUAGAGCUGAGAAUCCGCAGACUUCAAGUCGGAACUCUUCGGGACUCGAUCUGUCACGGUGCCUACGUCCAGUUUUCUGACGGCAUCGAGGACCUCGAGGACGAUGUCGGACGGUACUGCGGACACGUGACCGGAAAUGCAACCAGACUCUUCCUGAGAAAAGGUCCGGAACUAAACAUCGUGAUGGAUUCUGACAAGAACUUCGCCGACAAGAAUCCAGUGAUAUUCUCAGCCCAAUUUUCGGUGCUUCCGGUUCGCCUGGCAAUGGAGAGACACGGCGAUUCGCUACCUUCGGCAGCCGAAUGUUCGCUGGAUUGUUCGAACCACAAUUAUCAGCGUCAAUGCAGGAUCACUUCGCCAGGAUUCCCCGGCGUAUAUCCGAGGGGAAUGCGGUGCAGAAUAUCGCUCGAGUCGACCUCGGGAAGGUUUAAAAUCGGCGGUAUUUCCGACGACAUCUUUAGCCUGAUGAACUACACGGUCCAGGACGGAUGCAGGACCGAAAAUUGCGAGGACUUGCACGUGGAGGAGGACGCGCGAUCUUCAGGGGAGGAAUCACCCAUCGAGACCGAGUCUUCCGACGAACCUAGGCACCAAAGAGGUUUGAAGAGCUUCGACUACCGGCUGGACGAGGACGACGAGGUGAUAAUCGGCAGCGACGUGAGACAAAGGAAACCGAAGACGAUUAACGGGAGGCGAAAAAUGACGGAAGGUAACCGACGGAGGAGGGUGAAGAGUAGAAGAGGAAGAGGAAAGGGGGGGAGGAAAUCGUCGGGACCGAAGAACGCGGAACAGAGAUUCGACGAGAGUUUUUCUCCCUCUUCGGGGCUGGGUGAAAAGAUUUUCGAGGAGACGGCGAUGGGACAAAUGAGGAAGAGCAGCGCCCUCUUCGACCACAGAUUUAAACGGCGACACAAGUCCUUGGAGAAGUUUGACGGGUUUCGUUGCGUCGGCGAUUAUCUGGCGAUAUACGAAAACCUGAACGGUAAGAUCGUCGAGAUAUCGAAAUUCUGCGGCGAGGGUAACGUUCCCGAAAUAUUAUCACGCGGUCGGAACGUGAUCGUAGAAUUUUUCAGCAAACGUGACGGUACCGUGAUGCACGACGGGUUCAGACUUACUCUGCAGGAGACCAAAACCGAGCACAACGAGGCCGCGAGGCACCGGAAGCACUGCGAUUUUGUAUACAAGAGUUCGGACCGGGGUACCAAGGAGAGCAUCAAGUCGUUCCAGCAUUGGUACCCACCCAGCACUUUGUGCAGCUACAAAUUUGUGGGAAAAACUGGAGAACGGGUAUUCGUGCAGCUGAGGAUAAUACGUAACUCCUUCGAGGACGAGUCAGGAUCGACUGAUUCUAGGCGGAAUUCGAGCCUGAAUUACUGUCCUGGUAACGAAAUCACCGUCUACAAUGGAGCCUUUACCAACGAUUCGCUAGCUUGGUCCUACUGCGACAUCCUCCACUCCGACAUAAACAAUAUCCAGGUACCGGUAACGUCGACUGGAAAUGUUUUACUCGUCCAGUAUUACAGCUGGAAAGGGUCAUUCAAUGGACAGGAGUUCACCUACGGUAUAUCGUACAAGUUUGUGAAGAAGUCACAGAGCGUGGCGAAGCGGAAACCCGACGUCCUCAACGAAACCAAGAUCGCGAUCUCGCUAAAGCCGGUCAAUUUUUCCGCCCUCAAUCUUACCGACUACGAAAAUUGUAAUUGUGACUUUUCGACGAGGAUCGGAACCUUCAAAAGCUGGUUCAUAGUCCUCGUCGUUCUCGGUGUUAUAUCGUUCUUUGGCGCCGUUAUUACCAUCGUUGCGCUCCUCAUGAAGUGCCUCAAGAUCAGAUCCAUGGAGAACAAGUUGCUGCAGACACCGAAACGGUGAACGUCGAUACGUUGAACUUGUGGUCAACAUUUAUAGGAUGAUGUAUCCAAAGCCGCCGUCUAUCGGGAACAUCGAAUCAAUUGUUCCCGACGAGUUACCAAAAGUCGUUCAUUUUUAUCUGGCUAAAUAUCUACGUCGCUUUGUACCACUGGUCUCAUCGUAUCGCGUUAUUUGGACCGCACGUGAUGCAUGGGAUGCGGUUUUUCACGGUGGUACGACAUAUAGAAUUACCAUAAGGCGUGUGAUGCAUUGUUGAAACUGCGUUAACCGUAUAACAGUGUAAUUUAUUCGAACAUAUCUGCAUGAGUAUGCUUCCGUAAUGUCGUUUUCCUGUCGGUCGCUAUUCAAGUUCAAUUAUUGGUUUGAAAAUAUCAUUCACAGAGUCGUGUAGAGAACCAUUAACUGUGAUUUCAUGUGUGCGGUGUGGGGGAUUGACAUCUUGGUAAUUCCAGCAUACUUUAAAUGGCCUCUAAUCGUUCGAUGCAUUUGGUUCUAAACUGCCUCGGCUUGGCUGCACAACACUGUGUGAUCAAUUUAUACAGCAGAUACUGUAAAGUGUGUCGAAUUUUUAAGGAAUCGCCCAUAGGCACAUGCAUCGAACUUGACUAUCUGGUGAGUGAAUUUGAGACCCGUUGACUGAGUUAGACAUUAUUUUAGCGACUAACUGUAUUAUUACCAAAAACUAGAUGGGUAAGUAGCAUCGCAAAUAUCAUGUACCUAUAAUAAUAUACCUUACUCUAUAUUUAUAUUUAAUAAAGAUUUACAUUACUAUAAACAUACCUGAUUCAUCUGUUCGCGCAUAGUACGUUAAAAAAGAACCGUGAGAUAAGAAAAAAAAGUAUCAGGUCCCACCGAGAUUUGAACUCGGAUCGCUGGAUUCAGAGUCCAGAGUGCUAACCAUUACACCAUGGAACCUUGAAGCUGAAGGAACGAAUCAAGGAUAACGAGGAGCACUGUAAAUGUGAUACUUUUUUUCGCAACCGAAAUACGUAUUCGGAUAUCGGAAAUUGAUUAUUCGUUAAUUAUCGUCGACUAACAUUAUUCCGCUCAAAGUUUCGGCUCAAACAAUUUACUUCAAUAAAUACAGUUCUGCGUAAUGCAUUGAUAUCUGUAUCAAUCUAGAGACUAGAUUUGAAAGUGAACAAUUACAAUUAAUCAAAAUUAAUAUAAUUACGGACGAGGUCGGAGACCCGGGCAGGCCGAAUCAUAUAACGCAAAUUUAUGCGGAUGGCAGAAUCAAUUUCUCAAGCUCCGCGUCGUUGUGAUUAUGCGCAAAGUAAUAUUAAUUGACAGGUGAACUGACAGGGGGAUGUGGAACAAAUGAUUUCUUGGUAUUAAUUAAACGAAUACAAUUAUUGCUACGUGCGUCAUUCGGUGUGUGGGCUCAGCUUCUCGGACCACGCAGCUAAUUUUAGACAAUUAUUGUAAGAUUGCCAGGCUUGUGUAGAGCGUUGAAUACAUAAGUAAAUUUCCUUGCACACCUUGCCGCCUGCAGGGUUAAAAAUGAUGUUUGGCUCCGAGAUGAAUUAUCCGGUAUCCGGUUAUAAGAAUCAUUUUUGACUCGAAAUCCUGCUCAAUAUUAAUUUAAAGUUACAGAACUACAGCUUAAAAUAUUGCGAUAAGUUCUCCGAGUGAUUUACUCGUAGAAAUAACGAAUAAAAUAAAGAGAGUUGCAACUGAUCCGUCGAUUGCACUUAAAACUUUGAAGGACUCGAUUGUUUUUUACAGUCGGUUCGUCAAAUAAUUUUAUUAAUAUACUUACGCUGCAAAAACACCAGAUUUUGUGGUUUUCGAAUUUUCACGCACUCUGCUGAUCGAAACUGUCGUAUAAAUUUAUAACCUGUGACUACGAUACUUCUGAUUGUGAAUAACGCGAAAUAUUUUUGUUUAUACAACGGAGAAAUUUUUUUUGACUAUAUUUUGUAGCGGACGUAGGAAUUAUUGUGACACGCGGCUGGCUGUUUGAGCAAUAGAUUUAAUUAACUAAUUUAGAGUUUUGAACCAUUUAUUAUCCGAGAGAAUUUAUGACUAUUUUUUAUAUUAUACCUAUCAAUCAUGUAUUAAUAUUGAUCUAGAAUGGAAUAUACUUUGAUUUACGUUGACAGACGUGAGAUUUACGAAAUCAGACUAAGGUAUUUAUAGCAGUGAUGCUGUUGAAAGUUUUGAAUCGUCCUAUCUGUGAAUUGGAAUAAUUCGACAUGAUAGUGAAACUAUCAACGUUCUGUUACACGGAUCAGAAAUAUUAUCGAAGAAUUAUGCUGCGUUUUCAAGAGCUGUCAUCGCAAUUAGCAAAUAGAUUAAUCGUAACAACUGAAAUGCUACAAUCAAUACUUCAUACCUCGGAAGUAAAAGAAGUACCACAAUUGUUGUUUAAUUGUUCAAACUUGAAAUAUACUAAUAACAUAAAACGAACAAAAGAAUGUUAUUGAUUCGAUCUCACGAUGUUUUCGUUAUCGCGUUCGAGUUGCUUGAAGGAAUUCAAAGGCCGAUCGAAGGAGUAAAUUUGGCGUAAUAACUGUUGAUGUUACGAAAAUCGAGUAGCUCCAUAAAUCUCAAAUACAAUGUCAUACGACGCUUGGGAACAUUCCUGUGACGCAGCAAACAAUUAAGUGAUUGAAAGAUUCAAUUGGAAGUGCGUGAAAAUCCACACACCGAUAGAAACGAGGAGUUCUUCAUCUGAGAUUUUACCGAUUUGAAAAACGCUGGAAUGACUUCAUCCGAACACUCCGUUGACGUAAUUUUGCGCGAGGUAUCGACGAGGCAAGUUUCAAAAACGCUGCAAGCAACGGUUCGAAAGUUACAGCAUAAAAACGAUAGUGGUGCAUUUUUGGUGCGUUUUCUCAGUUUCUGGGGGUCCGCUCAGUCCAGCCAGGAUCAUAAAAAACAAAUCUGAGACGAAAAAUUUUUUGAGAAAGGCCCUAUUCAUCUUCUUUGUUCAUUUUCUUUGUUCAACAAAUUACAAAAUAAAAGAAACCGGUUUUGUAAACAUCAGGUACCUUGUUUAGCAGUUCUUUGGAUCAUUUCUCUACCGAUCAAUUAAAAUCAAAAUUUGUCCGGCUCAAAGAAACAAUAGUAAAUGCCUUUAUCACCGACGUUGAAGCAGCAAAUUUCGAUCUUACAGAAAUAGCACAUUUACGGACCUACAUUUGCGAGGGUUAAAACCGAUGAGAUAAACAGCCAUGGGAUAUCCGUAAUGCAAGUGUGAGGUGGAAUUUGCAGUAGUAAGAACAAAGUACUACAUUUUAUUCAGUUUUUAAAAUCACAUGUCAAAGUUUCUAACAAAUAUACGCACACAUACACAAAUUAUUGAAUACACGAUAUCUACGAAUUUUAUCAACUACCGUUUUUCGAGUAAGUGGAAUAAUGAAUAGUUGUUUUAAGAAUCUCUGUAUUCAGUACGGAGUGAUACUGCGUCGAAACAAUUCACACUAAUUGAUCAUAUUCGUGACAAGUUCAACGCACGCAAUAUGUUACGACACCUAGCUUAUACGCUUGAUGUAUUGGAGAAAAGAUCAAUAAAGAUACCAAUAAUCAUUGGUACAACGAAUUAAUUGAACCCUUUCCAGCCGAUUAAUAUUACUAUAUCUUUCCAAGGUACAUGUACCAUCGUAGCCCAACUUGUCUCCAAUUCGGUACAUGUAUCAAAUAUUUCUACGUGCAUAAAGUAGAGAAACCUAUUGUAAUGAGAUAAUAUUAUUUUCCUUAAUUCUAUUGAACAAGUACUGAAGUAAAUAGAGC